UUCCAACAGAUAAUGUGCUAAAGCGUCCAAUAAUCCAUUUUGGAAGCUUAAGCGAAAUUUACAGACAAAAUCUAUCUUCAUCUUUUUUGCCAUUUCAUCUUCUGUGCAGAAUUUAUUAUGCCUUACAUCUUCACACUCCAAAGAAUCAUAUAUCCGCUCAAUGUCUGAUUGAGAAAUAAAUUCCCUCAAAAACAUUUACAAUGUCUAUCCAUAAUUUAAGAAGAACCCUAAUUUACAAUUUGUCACUCAAACAUGAACCUUCAAAUCUCACCAAUCUAUAUAAUUUCUCCCAUUUCUCAUUGUUUUCUUCUUCAAUCUCCACUUUGAUAACCCCAACUGAAAAACUCUAUUCUGAAAUCACUAAUUACUUGAUUACCCAUCACAAUUUCUCUGAAGAAUCAGCUUCAAAAACCUCGACUUUUCUCACCCGAUUGAAAGAUUAUAAAAGUUCAUACAUAGUUCUUGAUUUUUUCAAAAAAAGUGGAAUUUCGAGUACCCAGUUGGAGGAAUUAGUCUUAUGCAGUCCUCGUGUUCUUGCUGCUGAUGUUAACAGGCGUAUUAAGGUAAGAGUUGAAAGAAUUAGGGAAUUAGGGUUUUCUGACAUUGAUUUAGCUGAAUUUUUGUGUAAUGUUCCUGCCAUUAUAACCUUACCCAGGUCUGUUAAUGCUAUUGUUUCCUCGAUUUCUAUUUUGCAAAGUGUUUUGUGCUCAAAUUCUGAUGUCAUUAAGUUGUUAAAGACUUGCAAUUGGUUUCUGAGUAAUGAUUUGGAUAAGCUGUUGGUGCCUAAUAUUGAGUUGAUGAAGAAUUGUGGGAUUAGUGAAAUCCAAAUUCGGCGAACUUUGUUCAAUUUUCCCAGGUUUUACUUGGUGAAACCUGAGUUAAUGAGGGAUUGUAUAAGGAGGGUUGAUGAGUUGGGCUUGGGAAAGAAUUCGAAAAUGUACAUUCAUGGUGUUCGGGUUGUGUGUUCGAUGAGUCAGGAAAAGUGGGAAUCAAAAUUGAAUGUAUUCAGGAGGUUGGGUUUUAGUGAAGAUGAUAUAUUGUUAGUGUUUAGGAAGACGCCUCAGACGUUUGCAUUAUCAGAGAAAAAGAUAUUAGAGGUCUCUAAGCUCCUACUUAGCACGGAGAGGGUUGAUUUAACAUAUUUGAUUCAACAUGCGGAAUUGCUUAUAUAUAGUGCUGCUUCUAGAAUUGAGCCUCGGUUGGCCAUCAUCAAUGAACUCGUGUCAAAGAAUUUGCUUAAGAAGGAGCCCACAAUGACUUUUGCGUGUAAGAUGGCUGAUAAGUAUUUCAUCCGGAGAUUUGUGCUUCCAUAUGCUUCUGAAAUUGGCGAGGUUGGUGCAAAAUACCUUGCUACCACAGGGUUUACAGCUAUUUAGCUCUUGCUUGUAGAGAGGAUGACUUUGAUAAUUAACUCAAGGCUGUUCUACCAUAAAGACAUAAUUUUCGACCAGGCUUUGUGAGCUGGGAAGAAGUAGGUGAUGGUUACUGCAAGGCAUACACUGUUUAGUUGCUCGCGUAUCCAUUGAUGGGAAAUUGCUAUGCCUUUUUUUACUGGAGUUCGACUGGAGCCCCUUUUGACGAACUCAUAAAUUGCCCUCUGCUACAGCAUACAAGUCCCUGCACGAAUAUUAUAUUUAGUUUUCACCAGACCGCUUCAAAACCUCAUCUCUAGAGACUUUUUGAAGAGCUAGGAACAGACUGUUUCGAUGAUCGAGUACCUCAAUGAUGCACCAUUUAGCCUAUGCUUCAAAAUUUGGCGUCGAAGAGUUCCUUGGGUAUCUGACAGUGAUGUUUUGAAGGCGUUGGUAGUGGUUUUCUUAAUAGAAUACAGGGAAAGACUAUCCUGUCGAGUAUAGUGUUGAUGAUGAGUUAUGGAAACGAUCAAACUUGAAUGUUGUCAACUUUCUGCGACUGUUUUUGUAUAGAAAAAACAAGUACAGGAAUUUUUGGUAAAUAAUUUCCUUCAUGCUAUCUGCAUUGUCAGUUCCAUGUUUUUGCAGAGCUGGGAAUCGAAAUGGAACUCUUUCAAGGAGACAUUUUGUACUGAGCCUAUUUGUUGAGUUUAAACAUUUUGUACUGAGCCUAUGCCCUAUAGUGUGUUAGUGUUAAAAAUGGUCACUAAGUGUGAAGUUGUCAAAGACUUAUUUGGAAUUAUGUAGUUGAGGUCGACUAGCUACACUAAAGGAGUAUUUUCUUCUCCUCUGGAAACUUUUACAAUGGAACAGUGUUUAGAAACUUGUCAUAUUGCUUGAUGACAUAAAUUAUGGAACAUAGGAGUUGUUCGUUAUCA